AUGCAUGUUAAUAGAUCGAUCACACCGCUGUCACCAAAAUGGCGGCACGCGAUAGAAAGACGCAUAGAGGAUGAAAGGAAACUGACGAUGCAAGCAGUGGGUGACGGUGCGAGACUGAAGCCUGGAAAGUUCUGGAACUUGCCUGGAACCUUCCUGUUCGCUGUUUACGUUAUGACGGCUUUGGGUUUUGGAGCUCCCGUGCCGCAUACACUCUGGGGAAGAACUUCUGCAUUAAUUUACGCCAUUUUAGCCAUCCCCACUCAUAUUUACUUAAUGGUAAAUGCUAGCACCUGCGUCGUAGUUCGGCUGGAGACGGUAACUCGACACCUGGGAGACAGAAUUAGCGGGAGUGUGGGCGAGCUCACCACACCCAACUUUAACAAAAGAGAUAGCCAGAACAGCAGCCGAAAUUCGGAAUUAAUAAAAGCCUCUAAGUGGAAUACACGAAGAUCUGUUAUCUGUUGCUUCGGGGUGAUAGGAGCGGGUCGGUGCAUCCCACUCGCAACGGUCUCGUACUAUACUUUCGGUGUGCUGUCGUUUGGUGUGCUGCGCCAUAAAACUCCCCUCGAGAGUUUCAUGUUCCCGCUGGAGUUUACCACUACGGGGGGAUUGGAGCACGUAGAAGGCUACGUGAGGAUCCUCUACGGUUUCUACGUCGAAGGUGCGAUGUGCUUGCUUGCUUGUAUCCUCGCAACUCUACGCCGAAAUAGCUCCGUGUUUGUAUGUUUAUCUCAAACACACCGCCUGUUCCAAACGGACGUCUGCGAAGACUGCGUUAAAACUAACAAGAAAUAAGCUCAAGUUAUAAUAAGUUCAAGUAUUUGAAGCUUGGAUAACAGACUGGUAGGCAGUGGCGUGCACUUCAUAGAUGUAUAAAUACACUGCAUACCCUGAAAACUCAUAAUAUCAGGGCCUCUAGCCAUGUGGCAUGUCGAUUCUCUUUCUACAAACGCUAACGUUUCGAAAACUUCAAUCUCCCUUGAUGGUAAGUGAUGAUGCAAUCUAAGAUGAAAUCAGGCUAACUUGUUAGGACUAUGUUGAAAUCCACACUGCUUUCGGUUUCUACACGACAUCGUACCGGAACGUUAAAGCACUUGGCGGUACGUGU